GAUGAGCUAUGCCACCCUGGGGCGGAAAGAGUCUUCGCAGAGCUGAGGCGCAAAUAUUGGGUAUUGAGAGGUCGGGAGGCUGUGAAGCGACAUCAGCACCACUGUGUUAAGUGUCAGAUGUGGCGUGGGAAACCAGAGGUUCCAAGGAUGGCUGAUUUGCCCCCUUCCCGCCUACGGUUAUUCAAGCCAGCCUUCCACUCUACUGGUGUUGACUGCUUCGGCCCAUAUAACAUCCGUGUGGGUCGUCGUAGUGAGAAAAGAUGGGGCAUAAUAUUUAAAUGUAUGACUACAAGAGGAGUCUACCUAGAUCUGUUGAAUAGCAUUGACACUGACUCGUUCCUGAUGUCACUCCGCCGGUUUGUUUCACGGAGAGGGACCCCCUGUGAGCUGUUGUCUGACCAGGGGACGAACUUCAAGAGUGGCCAGAGAGAGUUGAAGGAGGCGUUUGCCGCCCUACAACCAACCUUGCAGUCCUUGCUUGCUAAGCAGCAAAUCAAGUUCCGGUUCAACCCGCCUGGAGCCCCUCAUUUCGGAGGCACCUGGGAGCGAGAGAUAAGAUCUCUGAAAGCCGCCCUCCAUACAACACUUGGUGGUCAGUCCGUCACAGAGGAAGUGCUAAGGACAGUCCUUACAGAAAUAGAAGGUAUUCUGAAUUCGAAACCGCUGGGUUAUGUGUCAGCGGAUGUGGCAGAUGUCGAUCCAGUUACCCCAAACUGCCUUCUGAUGGGGCGGCCGGACUCCUCGCUACCCCAAGUGGUCUACCCCGCCUCCGAAAUGCUAACAAGCAAACGCUGGCGCCACAGCCAAGUCUUGGCGGACCAUUUUUGGUCACAUUUUAUCAGAAGGUACCUACCUAGUCUUCAGCCCAGAAGCAAAUGGACCAAAGACACAGACAACCUCCAGGCCGGAGCGGUGGCAAUGAUCGUCGACCAGCACCUCCCUCGGGCCCUGUGGCCAGUGGGUGUGGUGAGCCAUACUACUGCAGGAGCUGAUGGGAGGAUCAGAUCUGCGACGGUUCAAGUGAAGGACCGGGCCUACACUAGGCCUGUUUCUAGACUGAUUCGGUUGCCCGCCCUGCCUGAGGAUAAUAAGACUGAUUAACCUUUAUUCCCUACAGGUCUGAUUAGAGUGUUAUGUCCUUUUUUGUUGUAGGCAAAUUUCCAUGGCAAAUUUGGGGGCGGCAUUGUUAAAAAGGCCAUAUAUGGUAUUAGAAGCGGUCAUGUGACCAAGUAGUUACGUUCCUUUUCAGUUAAGCCCCGCGAGUUUAGUGAUGGAGUGGCAGACUCGGUGAUUGUUAUAUUUUUGUGUGCGUCCAUUAUUAAAACCACACACAUAUUCCUAGACAAUUUAAGUGCCUUGUACUGACCACUAUUUAAUACAACUCCCUGAAGAAACUGGCUGUCUGGACCUUCUUUAUUUUCAUUCUAAUCGGAUGACUCCUCAGUGUUCACACCCACCCCGAACUAACUUC